AUGACGCAAGUCCCCAGGAUUCUCCAACGACCCAGGACCAAGAUCGUCGCCACCCUGGGACCCAGGUCAAACUCAUACGAUACGAUUUGCGAACUGGUGCUCGCGGGUCUUUCUGUGGCCAGGCUAAACCUCUCACACAACACACUUGACGAGCACGAGCGCGUCUUUCGAAACGUACGGAAGGCAUCAGAGGACCUCGAAAUCCCAGUCGGAAUCAUGGUUGACAUUCCUGGCCCCAAGUACAGGACAGGCCCUCAGUCGCCCGGAGAAUUCUACCUGGAGCCCGGAGACAGGAUCGUACUCACUAGCCGAGACGUUAUCGGUAGCCCGGAAAUUCUCGGUGUGUAUCCGCCGGGUGUGCAUAAAGACUCCGCGAUCAAUGGAAACAUUCUCCUUGACGACGGAGCUAUCGAGCUGAACGUGCUGGACAUUGAUAGAGAACUUAUGGACGUGUCUUGCGAGGUGGUGACGGGGCAACAGAAUGGUUGA